AUGGGCAGGAGAAAGCGCGAGUUUAUCUCAGACGACGAUUCGUCUGACAAUUCAGCAGAAGAAGACUAUGAAGAGCAGGAAUUAAACGGCGACGAGCAGGCAGAACGCGCCCUCUUCGACGAUCCAUACCAGCAGCGCAAGCGUAGACGCCUCAAUAACAGGGGAAAAGACGAUGCAACGUAUGGAAUCUUUGGAGAAGACGAUGACGAACCACAAAGAUAUGCUCCAAAGCGCAAAGCAAAGACUCCCGUGUUCAAAAAAUCUGCUGCAAAAGAGCCUGAGGACGCCUCUAUGAGCGAGGAAUCCUCCUCGGCAGAAUCUGGCUCGGACAGCGACGCCAGCGACGACAUCGACCCUAAAAAGGCAAAAGAUGUGGACGAAGAUGCGAUGAUUCAAGAUGAGGAGGAGGAAGAUGUGCCUAGAGGCGGCUUGGGGAACAGGCGCGGAAUUGGGUCUCGUUCUGGACUGGGCAUGUCAUUUGCACCAACCAGUAAUGGACCUCCUGAUACCCCUGACGAGUCGCAUGGAGAAGAAGCGGCACCGCAGCCCCGUGGGGGUAUAGGUGCGCGGCGGGGCAUUGGAGCGUCGAGCGCACCUCGCCGUGGAAUGCCUUCUUUUGCUGCCGCUAGUCAAGCAGCGAAUCCACCAGAAAAGGAAAAAUCACCUUCGCCAAUCCCCCAUACUGGGAUUGGUGCACGACCGACCAUCACAAGCACUCAGUCGGCCCCAGCGGUUCAGCAAGCUACAACAAAUGAACUCCCGACCUCCUUUGCUGCCAGAGCUCAGCGUGCCUUUGUUCGUAACACGGACACGUCGACUCCACCACCUACCAAACCCAACAUUUCUGCAGAAGAACGCGCACACUUUGACCGCAUUUCCGGAAGCUUUGGAGCGAGACUGAUGGCCAAGAUGGGCUGGCAAGCGGGAACGGGUCUGGGUGCUCAAGGUCAAGGUAUCGUCACACCCGUCGAGAGCAAGCUCCGUCCAAAAGGCAACGUCGGUAUUGCAUACGGUGGCUUCAAGGAGCGAACAAAACAAGCCGUUGCAGAAGACCGUCGUAAAGGAAUCAAAGUCAGCGACGACGAAGAUGAAAAGCCAAAGUCGAAGCGCAAAGGUCACCGUCACCAUGAUGAAGAAAAGGCAGAGCGGUCUGAAGCAUGGAAAAAGAAGAGCAAGCCAAAGAAGACUGUCGUCGAGCACCGGACGUACGAGGAGAUUCUGCGUGAAGCGGGUGUCGAGGCUGUCACUGCACACCAAGCCGGUGUGGGCCCUAUAAUCGAUGCCACUGGUGCGACUCCACGCGAGGUCUCUUCUAUAGCAGCACUCUCGUCAUGGACACCAUCCACGGAGACGAUGCGGUUACCCGAACUGCGCCACAAUCUGCGACUCAUGGUAGACAUGACAAACCAUGACUUGAACGCGCUGGCAAGAGAGGGCAAGCUCCUAGAGGAGAAGAAGCGUAAAGGUCUACUGGAAGAAGCUCGGCUCAGCAAAAAGAUCCAAGAAGAGGCCGAGCUCAUUCGACGGCUCGGAGAAGUCAAUAUUGUUGUUGAAGAGAUCGCCUCUGUCUCCAAGGAGACCCAAAAGUCCUCGAGAGUGGCCCUAUCGUCGGAUUACGAGAGUAGUACGGUCGAUCGACCGUCUUCAUUGGAGACUCUGUCCCCGUUUGUCGAACGCUUCCUCGGCGAGUUUUCACCCGAGUACGAAAAGUACCGCCUCGACGAAGUAGUUGUCGCUUCUAUCGCACCUUUGCUUCGUUUGGAGCUAGCCGACUGGCGACCGCUAGAACAGCCCGUAAGAUGGACGGCAAUCUUUACAAAAUGGAGAGCAGCGCUCAAGAUGAGCUCACGGCCGCAAGAUGACGGGAGCUCUGCGUUGGUUUCUAUCUAUGAUGAGAUCGUUCCCACUGCGCGUCCAGCUCCGAUAGAGAUUGCGACGGCUAUGACUCCCUGGGAGGCCUUGUUGUGGCAUUCAUGGCUUCCGAAGGUUCGCAGUGCCAUCAACAACGAAUGGGACGCAUCCGACGCUGCUCCCGUGAUCGCAUUAUACGAAGCAUGGUACGACUUGAUCCCACCGUUUAUGCAAGACAACUUUCUCGAUCAACUCGUGCUUCCAAAAGUUGAACGAGCAAUGGCAGAUUGGAAGCCAGUCCCUGGAGGCGCAUCGCUACACGAUCUUGUGUUCCCAUGGUUGCCGCAUGUGGGGUUACGAAUGGAGGAAUACCUUGGCCACGCGAGGAGAAACGUUCGCAGGGUAUUCCGAUCUGUCGACAUACUCGCUGGUCCACCCCAAGAGUUGCUCGUCUGGAAACCGAUGAUGGAACCUUCUGCAUGGCAAGACUCUAUUCUCAAGUACAUUGUUCCGCGAUUGGGCGAACUCUUACGCGACGACUUCCGUGUCAACCCCCGCAAACAGGAUCUCAAACCGUUGGAGGUAGUGAUUGCGUGGUUCGACAAAGGCGUGAUCGGAAACUCGAUCAUGAAUCAACUCGUGGAAAAGGAAGUGUUCCCCAAGUGGCUCGAGGCACUCCACAUCUGGCUUUCGCACCCGCAGGCAAGCUAUGGCGAGAUCGCGGAGUGGUAUGAUCGGUGGCGGACACUUAUUCUCCCGGAAAAUGUAUUGGCCCUUGACGCGACACAGCAAGGGUUCCAUCGUGGACUGCAAAUGAUGGAAGACGCCAUGAAGCUCGGCGAGGCCAACAUUUCCAAACUGCCCAAACCGUCCUCGUACAUGUCUACUCCCACACCAACUCAACAAGCCAACAAACCCGUUGCGGUACCGAAGCGCACAGCAGCGACAGAUUUCAAGAGUAUCGCGGAAGAACAUGCACAGGCUCAUGACUUGCUAUUCAUGCCAACUGGUCGUGUGCAUGUCAAAGUCCGUCUUCCAAUGUAUCGCGUCACUGGACGUGGAGACGGAAAGGGCGGGAUUAUUGUGUACAUCCUGGACGAUGCGGUGUGGCUGGUUGAAGGUGGGAAAGAAGAUGGCGAGAGUCGAGCGAUUCCCUUACGGGAAAUGGUUCUACUCGCGUCGAAGGCCUCUUAG